ACACAGCUAUUCUAAAAAAGAUUCGGACAGUACUUUAUUUCGCCGAGGCGACUACUAUCGGAGAGUCCGGAGUACUCCGUGCUAUAACACGGCGCUGGAAUCAAUGAUGGGACACUCGAGUACAGACGCAGCGCUCUUCAAGACCUUUAUAAACGAAACAGACACUUGAGACUGUCGAGAGAGGAGCAUAUUGACAUUUUGUUACAUAACGAUCUCAUACAGAAAUCUUAACGCAUACGGAUUCAUCAGUCCGCUGAUGAUGAGGAUGAUGAUGGUAAAGACAGAAUGACAGCUUCUGCUUUUGCAUCGGUAACUCCAUCUUGGCUCAACGCCACCCAAGAACCUGUCAUGAAUCAGACUUGUGAGGAAAGUGAAGACUUCAAAUAUUUGGCGUACAAAGUCACGUACUGUGUCGUAUUCCCAAUUGGAUUUAUCAGCAACUCUGUGGCUUUGUUUGUGUUCCUGUGUCACACUCCAAAGAAGACGGCCAACACUGUAUUUAUGACUAACUUGGCUAUCUCAGAUGUUGGCUUCUCCUUGACGUUGCCCUUCCGUCUGGUCUACUUUUUUAGGGGCGGUCAAUGGGAUUUUCAAGACUGGUUUUGCCGCUGGUGUGUAUUUUCCUUUUACGUCAACCUGUACACGAGUGUAUUGUUUCUUACAGGUCUCAGCGUACUGCGGUACAUUGCCGUGGUACACCCGAUUCGCAACAAGUCCCUAGUUACAGUGCGGAGAGCCAGUCUAUCAUGCUUUGCGAUCUGGAUUUUCGUGGCCUGCUUGUCAACGCCUUUCCUCUUGAAAGGUACUUCAGUGCGGGAUGAAAAGACACGUUGCUUUGAACCGGGGGACAUCAAGUCAUGGGAAAUCAUAUUUAUCUUGAACUAUGUGGCAGUUUUGUUUGGAUUUGUCAUUCCGUUUAUCAUAAUUCUCAUCUGCUAUGGAUGCAUAAUCUAUAAACUCAUCAAAGGACGGAAAAUCGGGAGUCGUAAGAGAAACUCCCGUCGACGCGCUGUGUAUUUGAUCAUCGUUGUCCUGAGCACAUUCCUGCUGUGUUUCCUACCAUAUCACGUCGUUCGCACUGUCCAUCUUCAUGCCAUAGUUUUAAAGAAGAGCUGCCAGGUCAUUGAGUUCCUCCUAAAAGUUCUGGUCAUCUCAUUGUGCACGGCAGCGUCCAACAGUUGCUUCAAUCCAUUGUUGUACUUCUUCGCAGGAGAGAGUUUCCGCAUGUCUGUCCGUAGAGCGUCAAAUCGAGGAACCGUUAGUUCAUUCAGCCAGAGUGUUUUUAAUCGGUCUUUUCAACGUCAAAGCCAAAGCAGCUUGCAGAAGUCGAGGCGCCAAAGCUUCACUGCCAUACGCCAAGACUGUGUGCCCUGCUCUGUGAACAGCUCCUGCCAGGUUCUAAACAAGAAGGAACCUGAGAGCUGCAAGCCUGAAAAGCAAGUUGCAUUUGAUGAAGAGGAAAAAAUCUGAGUGUAUAGAAUUGGUGUCUUUAUUGUUGUCUUGAAGGAGUGAACUUAUAGCAUCUUGGUUGUUUUUCUAUUUCCUUUUUUUAGGUUCUGAACUUGAAAACUGAAAUGUGAAAUAUGUCCCGCAUUAGAUAAAGUGUGGGUGAAUCUUUACAAAUGGGUCAUAUUUUGAUUAUUGCAUUUGGCAAACCCUUGUAUUCCAAUCAAACUGCAUCCUGGACAGAUUUUUGCAAUAUUCAUCUCGGUACAAACUUAAAAAUAAUGGGGGUUGCAGUUUUGGCAAAAAAUAACUAUGGAGGCCCACACGAUAUGCAGUAAAAAAAAAAAAGAAAAUUACGUUGUGUGUAUGCUCCCUCAAUUUAAAGGGGUAAUAUAAAGCUUUUUUUCAUUAUAUCUGCACUGUAUGUUUACUUCACUGGUUUGCACUCUA